AUUACUCAGAUGAACUUUCUCCAAAUUCCAAGAACCUUCCUCCAGUAUUCAACUUACUCUCUCUGCAAUCUGCACGUCGAUCGUUAUGGUUCACAACUGAAUUAGGUUUACAAGCCGGCUACAGCUACUUGAUGCUCAGCUCAUUGCUAUAUCUCUCUCAGUCUAUGCAUUCGCUGACGAUCCGUUGAUUGUAAUGAACUUUUCGCCGAUGGAGAAUAAGAAUACUGCACUGGUAGGAUGGGAGACUCACGGUUUUCGAACAAUUGGAGAUUUGGAUGUUCACACCAUGUUUGAGGAAGCCAAAGCAAGAUGGCUUCGUCCUAAUGAGAUUUAUGCUAUGCUCUGUAACUGCAAAUACUUCAAUGUGAAGGCCAAGCCAGUGAACUUGCCUCAAAGUGGUACAAUUUUGCUGUUUGAUCGCAAGACGCUGAGGAACUUUCGGAAAGAUGGUCACAGUUGGAAGAAGAAAAAAGACGGUAAAACUGUCAAGGAAGCUCAUGAACACUUAAAAGUUGGUAAUGAAGAAAGGAUUCAUGUUUAUUAUGCUCAUGGGGAAGAUAUGCCAACCUUUGUUCGUAGAUGCUACUGGCUGCUUGAUAAGGCAUCUGAACAUAUAGUGCUUGUUCAUUACCGAGAAACACAAGAGAUGCAGGGUUCCCCAGCCACACACGUGGAUUCACAUUCUAGUUCAGGGAUUUCUAACCCAUCUGCUCCUUUGCUGUUAUUGGAAGAAAUUGAUUCAACUGCUGGUCAGAAGUAUUACAACGGAGAAAAAAAUGAUAUAGAGCCUGGUGCUCUAAAUUAUGAAAAGAGACUCCACGAGAUCAAUACACUUGAAUGGGAGGAACUUCUGGCACCACAUAACCAGUACAAGUCAGAUGUUCAAGGUGGAGCUGGAUUCCAACAACAUAAUCAAGAUGACACUUAUGGAUACACCAUGAAUGGUAACAUUGCAUCGAUAAACCAAUUUCCCUUGAUUAGUUCUUUUGGGAACUCUGGACAUCUUACAGCAGAUACAUGUGAUUCUCUAGGCGCUUUAGCUAAAACUAAAAUGGCAAAUCAGGACAGUUUUGGGAGAUUGAUGAGCUACAUCAUGGUUGAUUCGCCAACAUCAGUGGACGGUCCACUUAUGGAGUCCUCUAUUUCAACUGGUCAUGAAUCAAUUGCGUCUCCCACACCGGAUUAUCUUCAAUCAUCUGUUUCAGGUGAAAUAUUCAGUAUAACUGAUGUCUCUCCUGCUUGGGCUUUCUCAGAUGAAGAGACAAAGAUCCUCAUCACAGGAUUUUUUCAUGAAGGAUACCCACAAUUUGCUAACUCUAAGCUAUAUUGUGUAUGUGGGGAAGCAUGUAGUUCUGUCGAGAUGGUUCAGUCUGGAGUUUUCCGAUGUUUAGUUUUCACACAUGUUCCUGGGUCUGUUGAUCUUUAUCUUAGUUUCGACGGUUUCAACCCAAUCAGUCAAGUUAUGAGUUUCAAAUAUCGUGCUCAACAAAGUACUGACUGGAUAAUUCCUUCAGAAGACAAGUUUAAGUGGGAGGAAUUUCAAAUUCAAAUGAGGCUCUCUCAUUUAUUGUUCUCAUCAAAGGGUCCUAGUAUUUUAUCUAGCAAGAUAUCGCCGAACGCUCUGAAAGAAGCGAAAUCUUUUGCUCACAAGGCUUCUCAUGUUACAGAUGGUUGGAGUCAUGUAAUCAAGUCAGUUAAAAAUAGCAGCAUCUCAUUAAAAGAAGCCAACAACUGCUUGCUUGAGCUUACAUUGAAGCAUAGACUAUAUGAAUGGUUGUUGGAAAGAAUACUUGAUGGGAGUAAAAUCUCGGGACAUGAUGAUCAAGGUCAAGGAGUAAUUCAUUUGUGCGCUAUUCUUGAUUAUACAUGGUCUGUGCAUCCAUUUGCAUUGUCUAGUUUAUCAUUGGAUUAUCGAGACAAAUUUGGAUGGACAGCUCUUCAUUGGGCUGCAUGCUAUGGAAGGGAGAAAAUGGUGGCUGCCCUUUUAUCUGCAGGGGCAAAGCCAAACUUGGUAUCGGAUCCAAAUUCUGAAAACCCUAGUGGAUUUACUGCUGCUGAUAUUGCGUCUAAGAAUGGAUACGAGGGUUUGGCAGCUUAUCUUGCAGAGAAGGCUUUAGUACAACAUUUCAAGGACAUGUCUUUAGCUGGAAACAUUAGUGGUACAUUAGAAACAAACACAGCCGAUUCAGUGAACCUUCCAAACCUGAAUGACGAAGAACUGUACCUGAAAGAUACUUUGGCAGCUUAUCGAACAGCUGCUGAUGCUGCAGCACGCAUACAGUCGGCAUUCAGGCAGCACUCUUUCAUGAUAAGGACAAAAACUGUGGAGAGUUCAAAUCCAGAGGCUGAAGCACGCAAUAUAGUUGCAGCAAUGAAGAUCCAACAUGCCUAUAGGAACUUCACCACAAAGAAGAAGAUUGCUGCUGCUGCCCGAAUUCAGCUUAUAUUCCGUACUUGGAAAAUUCGGAAAGAGUUUCUCACUAUGCGCCGUAAAGCCACCAAGAUUCAGGCUGUUUUUCGUGGGUACCAAGUAAGGAGGCAGUAUAAGAAAAUAGUGUGGUCUGUUGGGGUGGUUGAGAAAGCAAUCCUACGAUGGCGUUUGAAGAGAAAAGGGUUCCGUGGUCUGCGAAAGCCAGCGGUUGAAAGCGUAGUAGAGGAUGAAAGGUCAGAGAGUGAAAAAGAGGAAGCUUUCUUCAGAGCGAGCAGAAAACAAGCUGAAGAACGUAUAGAGAGGUCUGUCGUAAGUGUACAGACUAUGUUCCGUUCUAAGAAAGCACAGGAAGAAUAUAGAAGGAUGAAGUUAGCCCAUGAUCAAGCCACACUGGAGUUUCAAGGGCUUGUUAAUCCAGAUAUGGAUAUGGGAGGAUGUCCAUGAAGAAUUGAAUUGGAAGAGAGUUUUGGACCCUUUGAAUGAACUUGUAUGUAUAGUAGAACUAAUGAGUAGACCAAGUGACCCUUUCUAUGGUUUGGUCAAAGGAACCGAACCAAACCAAACCCGACUCGACUUGAGUCUUGACUGGCCAUGAUUUUUAGCGUCGUCAGAAGGGAAGAAGAAGUCUGAGAAUUACUGUGGUAUAUCAAAUGUGUUGUUUUGGCUGCUUUUAGGGUGGUGGUGGUGUUAAACAACCACCACACCCUCAAGAUGAUUAUUAACUAUUUUUUAUUUAUAGAUGCUUCAGAGAUUUUGAAUUUU